AUGGCCGCGCCCAGGCGCCCGUCUCCCGCGCGCCACGCUCGCCCGCGACCUGCUGCUGCUACUGCACUGCUCCGCCGCGUCGCACCUGUCCUGCAGCCGCGCCGCGCCCGCGCGAGCCCCCUGCUCGGCGGCCAGCGCGCGUCCGCCGCUGUGGCCGCGCCCCCUGCUCUUAGUUGCUGCUGCUCAAGCUGCCGCAGCCGCGGCCUGGUCGAAUGGCCGCGCCCCGCGCGUGGCCUCGCCCCCUCCUCCCCUCGCCCCACUCCGGCGCCGCCUCCUGCUGCCACCGCGGCCACCCCUCCGCCACCUUCCCUUGGUCUGCGCUCCUCCCCGUUCCAGCCAUGGCCUUGCCGUGGCCACCGCCCCCCUGCUCCAGCGCCUUGUCUGCUCCGCCCGCUCCUGGGCAUGCGCCCGCUCGCGCCGUGCCCUGUGCCCGUUAGCGCUCGAACCCGAUAG